UCCUAAUCUCAACAUAUGCUUCUUCAUAUGGAAAGCUCUUAAUGUGCUGUGGUCUUCUGACCCAUGCUAUCAAGCAAAAAGCUUGAAUUGAUGCUAUGACUGCCAUGAUAUGGAGAAGAAACAAGCAAGACAUCCACUACUUUUGUCUAAGGAGCACUUUUUCUUCAUCUUUUAAACCUCGGUGUCCUGAGAAGCAGCCAUGGAUAACUGUUUGGAUUUGCUCUGCGAGAUGCAAUCAGAAUUCAUUUUGUCCAUUUAUUUCCAACUUUCUAUGCAUGAAAACUCAUAACUACAGGUUUGUCCAACGUUUAAUCUUGCGAUGAUACCAUUUUCUGCUAUUAAUUUAGGGAUACAUUGAACUCUUUCACCUGACCAGCCAUCUUUGUUCAGUCCCAGGCAUUUGAUCUUCUCCUGUGAAGCUCACUCACAGAUGUCUGAUGUUCUCUGUAACGGAGUGUACAGAUUCUUGGUCUCUGCAACUUGAACAUAUUAUCCGUCAUCAUUGGAGACUUUCAAAGUGAGUUUGUACCCUGCCAAUCCACUGGUAGGAGAUCAAUGGGACAGCACCAUCUUUUUAUGUUUUAGAGCAUUCUAGAGUCAAAGGAAAGAAUACUUUGAGCAGAUCUUGAACUUUGAAGGAGGUUUUUCUUUGGCUACAAGUGAAGGUUGUCAUCCAGAGACCUGACAGCUCCUCAGAUAUGGAAAGUGAAUAAAGUGGCUCCAGACUGGCUGAACAGAUGACGAGCGAAGUCAAUUCAUAGGAAGGUCGUUUUGUGCAAACUCUGCAGCCAUGCCCAAACUGAAGAGGGUAUCGUCAGAGAAGAAACAGAAAUACUGGCGGCAGCUAAAACGAGACCAGAGGCAGAUGAGCAGAGAGCACAGUGACCAGGCCAUGGAUUUUGACGCUACCCCUGAAAGUUCCACAGAGCAGGCCGUAGCUCAUGAGAUCUAUUCUGAUCUCGUAGAUGAUGCGUGUCUGGGACUUUGUUUUGAGGUGCACCGAGCUGUAAAGUGUGGUUAUUUCUUUUUGGAUGAGACGGACCCAGACAGCAUGAAGGAUUUUGAAAUCGUGGACCAGCCAGGUGUGGACAUUUUCGGUCAAGUCUAUAACCAGUGGAAGAACAAGGAGUGUGAAUGCCCAAACUGUAGUCGAAGUAUUGCUGCAUCCCGAUUUGCUCCCCACCUGGAAAAGUGUUUGGGAAUGGGUCGCAACAGCAGUCGGAUUGCAAACAGGAGAAUAGCCAGUAGCAACAAUCUCAGCAAAUCUGAAAGUGACCAAGAGGAUAAUGAUGAUAUCAAUGAUAAUGACUGGUCAUAUGGAUCUGAAAAAAAAGCAAAGAAAAGAAAAUCUGAUAAGAAUCCCAAUUCACCACGGAGAUCCAAAUCUCUCAAACAUAAAAAUGGAGAACUCAGUGGUAACUCUGAUCCAUAUAAGUACAAUAAUAAUUCUGGCAUCAACUAUGAAAGUCUGGGACCUGAGGAGUUGCGCUCGUUGCUUACAACGCAAUGUGGAGUUAUUUCAGAACACACCAAGAAAAUGUGCACAAGAUCAUUGCGGUGCCCUCAACACACAGAUGAGCAGCGGCGGUCUGUACGGGUCUAUCUCCUGGGAUCUUCAGUAUCCCUUCCGGAAUCGGAAGUAAGUGUAGAAAAUGAGAGUUAUGAUCCCUCUGAGAGUCAGGGUUUUAUGAGCCGACUGCAAUGGGAUGGCACGUCAGAUAUUUCGCCUUCUGACUCAGCAUCUUCCAAAGCAAGUACCAACAAUUCUGACUCCAAGAAGAGUAAAAAGAAGAAGCCUCACCUUGGGCUCCCUAAUGCGCCUGGAAUGAGCUCCAGUAAAAAGAAGAAACUGAAAGCACCAGCUCCACCCACUCCCAGCAUAUACGAUGACAUCAACUGAAGGAAGUAGUACUACUCUUAUUUCUUCUCCUGUUCUGUCUCGGCAAGUUUCACUAUCGUGAUUCCUGUGAAGAGGUGGACACUUGCAAAGUGGAUUAGCUUCAAGACUGUUACUUGACCUUUGGAUGCUGAAGGCUUCAUUCCACGAUGGUUGCCGUUAUUUUUUCCUAUUUAUUAUUCAAAGAAUGAGGGAUUUUGCUGGGUAUACAAAGCUGAUGAAAUGUUGCAGUUGAUUGCAUUAAUUGUAUCUGGGUCAUCUAUGAUGAAUAUUCAUGCCUGGAGCUGCUGCUCAUUUUGGACUUUCACCCAGAUCAAUCUCAUUAUCCCUUUUUUUUUGCCAGACUUGGCUGGAAGUUUACAACCUUUUUUAAAUUCCCACCCCCUCCCCGGCAUUGUGCGGAGUUUUGUCAUGCCUCAUUGCUGGUCAUAAUAUUUGUGUGCCAACCAUAUGAAGUUUGCCUUUUCAGCAGGGCACAGGUUAUUCACUGUGGAACUUUGUGGAGUUACUGUGUGUUUAUCACAGGUUAGGGUUUCUGAUCAAAGUGUUCUUCACAAAAGCUGGGGAGCGCAGAGGAGCAGUCAGGAUAUGUGCAGCGCAUAGAAUUCAAAGUUUAGUAAGUUUUGAAAGACGCAUUCCCAGAGAUGGAUUUGAUCUGAUCAUUCCAGUAACCAAGGUCAGGCUCGAAAACAAACAUUUUACUGGCUGACCCAGACUGUACUUCAAAAGUUUGUUCAAUGCACCUUUUUGGAAGUUCCAGCCUACUCCAAAUUUUCUGCAAGAUUAAUUGAAAUGUACAUGUACUUAUCGGGUAUUUCUCUCUUAUCUUGCAAUAACUCCCAUGACCUGUAUUGUUUAUAUCUCCAAAGGAUUGACCACUCUGAACUGUGGUGCAGUAUUUCACAUUUUGAAUGAUGUAAUGAUGAUAUGGACCUGAAGAACAGAGAUUGAUUUCUUAAUGAAGCCAACAUUUUGAAGCCCUUUGUGCUGAUUAUGAUUGCUUGUGGGUUUGAAAUUCAGUCUGGCAGUACCAGUAUCCAUUUCUUUCCACUGUGGUCAGUUGUAAUUGAGACAUAUGGCUGCCAUUUUUUUGUCUGCUUUAAGUAAAGCAGCACAGAAGAUGGAUGGACAGUAUCAAAUCUUGAAGUCCCUUUUUGUUAACACCAGAUACAUCCAUGUGGUCAAGACAGGAACUCUUUACAGCAUGUUUGUUAUAUAGUGAUCACUGUGACAUAGCCUAACACCCUGGUCACAAAUACCUGUGCUAAUGGAUGGACUACGAUGACUGCAAAUGGAUGCACUUCAGACUAGAAAGCCUUUGUCAGCAAACUCUCAUGAAACUGCCUUUUUCCCCAUUCUUUCAGAUAUCAUAACAUUGUUUAACCCAAAUUGGGUACCCAGGUUGGAACGAGGGGUACUUGGAGAAAGAGACAUUCAAAACAAUAGCAUCUGCAUGUGGGACCAAAUUGGAGUAGGCGUUUCAUUGUGUUUACAUCUGAGAAGCUGGAAAUUUAGUCUUUUUCAAAGUUUAUACAUUAGCAAACCUAAGAUGGGUGGGUCUGGAUUGCUUCCCGACAUAAUUGUUGGGAGAAGUGGUCUAUGCGUUGCUUCCUGCCAGGCAGCAUGAUGUUGCCCAACACUAAAAAAAAACACCAUUGCACUUUACGUCUGAUUGUGUGUGUGCUGAACUCAAAGGUUCUUCUGGACUUGAUAUGGCCCUUUCUCAGGGCCCUGAGAAAAGAACCAAUGCAACUGCUGUGAAAUGCUUUGCAGUUGAAACUGACUGUCGCAGAUUUUGAAGCAAGGAAAACAAAGAAAAUCAUGAAUGAAUUCAGCAAAUGCCUUGCAUUUGUAUUUUAUGUUGUAGCCAGCUGUCCUGCAUAGCAUAUGGAGCGUGUUCUUUUUGAAUUAUUAUGUAAUAUGACUAAAACUUGUGCUUCCAGUUUUGUUGCAUCUUGACUAUAAAACAGUGUAAAUCAAGGAAUGACAGCAAUGGAACAAAUCAUUGCUGUGCAAAGAUGCUGCAGUCUAUUUUUGAUAGACAAAUUUAAUCUAUUCUGGGGCCCUUGCAGAGCAUGGAUAAAAACGUCCUAUGAUCAGGCUUAAAUGGCCAUAAAUAUAUUGGCUUUAAUGUUUUGCUUCUUUAAAAUUGUGUGCUAUGUGAAUAAGGUAAGAGUAAUGUUAAGUAAUACUGUAGCUGCCAAAUAUGAGCUAGGUCAUUGCUUUUCCUAGUAGCAAUUUUAUUUUAUAGUGUAAAUUUUAAAUAUACAUUUCAGUCAACCAGAUAAUGUUUGAAGCUUUUAUUUCUUAGUCUUUGUAAGUUUCCCUUUGAUUCCUUCUGCAAUUUGCAACUUCUUUCUUGGGUUAGGCAGUCAGGGCAGACAGAACCAGUCAAGACAUGCAGAAGAGCUCUUCAACCCUUGAGUAAACUGGCCUUCCUAGGGACAUGUGAAUGCUCGUCAGAUUGGGAUAUAAGAUCCUUUUUUAGUUGUAUAUGUGGUUAUUUCCCUUUUCUGUGUACUUGUAUUGUAACAGGCUGGAGUACCACCUGCUGGUCAGAGGACACUAGCCACCUAUUGUAUUCUCAGUUGAGAUUAUAGCUGCGUACCUUUUUGUGUUCAUAAAACUCCUUGCUCCAGUUUUCCACUUAUCCGUUCGAUAGUUUAUGCAACCAGGUGAGUGUUGUGCAUUUCUAGUGCAAUACUUAGAUGUUGUUCAGAAGUUAAAAAUCUCAACACAAGGUUAUAGUCCAACAGGUUUAUUUGGAAGCACUAGCGGAGUGCUGCUCCUUCAUCAGGUAGCUGUGAAACAGGAUCAUAAGAUACAGCAAUUAAAGCAAUGGAUUAUAGUGUCAUGCAAGUAACAUAAGUUUGUUCCAUCUAUCAUUUUACUUGCAUGACACUGUAAUCGUUUGCUGUGUCUUAUGGUCCUGCUUCACAACCACUUAAUGGAAUGGUG